AUGGAUUAUCAAGACUCUGUCGCUGUGCAUCGCCGCCCUGGCCGACCACGGUCUCUUCAAGACAAGCACAUGGGAAAGCGUCUGCGGCGGUGUCUCGUGUGCGGCUACACCACAGUUUACCACUCUAGCAUGCAGAAUCACCAAAGAAUACACACGGGCGAGCGCCCGCACAAGUGUGACUACUGUGGCAAGGCCUUCAUGCAGAAGGGCAACCUGGUCGCGCACCUACGGAUCCACACUGGCGAGAGACCUUUCCUGUGCCACCUCUGCCCUAUGGCCUUCACGCAGAAGAUAAACCUUAUAUAUAUUUUUUUAAUUUCUCUACUUUGCCGAGUCCCUUCGUAUCAGUCCUCGCGCGCGGAUGCGUCGUCUUGCCGACAGUCAAGCUGUGUUCACCGAGAAGCUGCCCAUCGUGGAUCGCGUCGAAGACUUCUCAGGCUGCCGACAUGCCAGAGCCAUUUUCACAGGCCAGCACAAGGAAGACAACUUCAAGGGAGCAAAUUCAACGUCUACAGAAAGAACUUUAUAUAUCUUGGUGUCGCCAGAUGGCAGCACAGUGCCCAAGAGCAUGUAAACGACUUGUCUGUCAGACAAGUGGGGCAAUAUUUCCCGCUCGCGGAAAAUAGUGGGGGCGACCUGUGCCCCCCUGAAAAUGUGGACAUCGAGCUGCACAUUUGCAGCUACUGCAGCAAGUCCUUCGCAACGCGGGGCAACCUGAAUGCUCACCUCCGCAUACACACUGGCGAGAGGCCGUUUCAGUGCCACUUGUGUCCCAAGGCCUUCACACAGAAAGCAACCCUUGUGCACCACGUGCGGACGCACACGGGGGAGAGACCGUACCAGUGUCGCUUUUGUCCCAUGGCCUUCGCACGCAAGUUGCCGUGCAGGUACCACGAACUCCGCAGGCACCCAAAAGGGGCCGGUGUUCCCUGAAGGGCUUUCCACAUAACGGUGACAUUUACCGGUGACGAGCAUUGCAAGAAAUCUUCGUGCAAGAGAUGUUCUUGCCUGUCUUCUGUUGCUAUGACUUCGUCAAUAUUAGCUGAAGAAAAGGCCAAUGUUCGCAGAUUUUUAAAGGGACACUAAAGAGCAAUGGCUAAAUCAGUUUAGACUCCUUCAAAACUUUAUUUUUGUCAAUGUCGUGGUAAGCGUUUGUCUCUCUUAGAAUACAGUGUACUCCAUCUCUGCCAAUAAAGAUUUAACUAGGCUAGAGCAGACACCAUCAAAAUCUAUGAUGUCAUGGCAAACUUCAAAGUGACGGCACCACCCGCCUAUUAUUUUU